CUUGCGUCUUUUCUCUCCCCCAUCUUUGCAGCUACCGCUAAGGGGGAAGCCACAGAUCAAUAAACCUCUUCUGAAAAAGAGAUAAGGGGAGCUAUCUAAGGGGCGAUGGAGAAGACUGGCUACUGCAUUCUGUAGGAGGGGCCCAAAGCUAUUUUUACCUGCUGAGUCAAGUGAACCGGUUCACGGGGGAGGGGACCUGCAUAUGAAAAAAGAGCAAGGAGCAAGGAGGUAUUCAUUUGUUCAUUUUGAAGACGAAACCAAUCAUCUGCAGACUCAUUUGUGAACUGGGGCAUUCGCUCGGCCUUGGAAAGAGGGAAAAACAGAGUUUUUUGCAGCAAAGGAUAGGUCCGUCUAGGCUACCUCCCGUCUGUGUUUCCCCUAGCUCAAAACGAUAAAGUAUCAUGGCUUCCGCAGUCUGGGGGAGUGGCACUUGGUGGGGCCCGCCACCCCCGGCUCCAGCCCGGCCGCUCACGGACAUUGACUUCUGCUCAGGAGCGCAGCUUCAGGAACUGACCCAGCUGAUUCAGGAACUGGGUGUCCAGGAGAGCUGGAGUGACGGGCCCAAGCCGGGAGCCGACCUUCUCCGGGCCAAGGACUUUGUCUUCUCUUUGCUUGGUCUAGUUCACCGCCGGGACCCCCGUUUUCCGGCCCAAACAGAGCUGUUGCUGCUUCGUGGUGGGAUUCGCGAGGGCUCCCUGGAUCUGGGGCAUGCACCCUUAGGUCCCUAUGCCCGAGGACCUCACUAUGACGCCGGCUUCACACUCCUAGUGCCAGUGUUUUCGCUGGACGGCAGUGGGCCAGAGCUGCUGCUGGACUUGGAAUCCUGUUACGCAUGGCUCCGCCUCCCAGAGCUGGUUCUAGGAACCUCGGUCCGGGAGGCGUGGCAGGAUUGCCUAGGACCCCCUGUCCCAGAAGAACGUGAUUUGAUUGGCCAAACCGCUAGUGAAAGAAGUUCCAAGGAGCCACAAAACUCCGAGGACUAUUACGUCCCAAAGCCUGAGCCUCACUUGUCUUUGGAAAAAUCACCUAGAGAUCUUUCAGAGCCGGGGUCGCCUCACCAUGACGUCACCGAUAUUGGCUCUCCCUCAUUGAAAACAUUUAGUGACGUCACCGAAGCAGACGUCGAAUGCACAGUCCCGAAAUCGUCGGACGCUCCUGGGGAGUGGCCCACAUUGUGUCCCGCCCAAGUGGCUGCUUGGUUCUUCGCUACGCUGGCUAGGGUCGCAGAGUCCCUGGUACCGGUGCCCGGUGCCCCGCGCCUGGUGCACGCAGCUCGCCACGCGGGUUUCACCACUAUCCUCCUGGCAACGCCGGGGCCCCCUCGCCGCCUCCUUCUUUUCGAUCUGAUCCCGGUGGUGUCUGUGGCGGGCUGGCCUGAGGGGGCUCGGAGCCACUCGUGGGCGGGUCCGCUGGCUUCCGAUUCGGCCUCCUUUUACCUGGUGCCGGGAGGCAGCACAGAGCAGCCAGGCACCUCCCGCUGGCAGCUCUGCUUUGCUCGCCAGGAACUAGCGCUCAAACCGCGCAUACCAGAGCCACUACUGCAGGCGCACGCGGCGGCCCAGGCGCUGCUGCGCCCACUGGUGGCCGGGACCCGGGCCGCGGCGCCCUACCUCCUGCGGACGUUGCUGUACUGGGCGUGCGAGCGACUGCCCGCGCUGUACCUAGCGCGGCCGGAAAAUGCGGGCGCUUGCUGCCUUGGGCUGCUAGAUGAGCUGGGCCGCGUGCUCGAGGCCGGGAUUCUGCCCCACUAUUUUCUGAGCGGCCGAAAGCUCUGUGCAGGAGACGGUUCCGUUGCCCUACUCGGGUCAUUGGCCCAGCUUCGCGGAGACCCUGCCCAUGCCCUGCGUGCUGCGGUGGAAGAAGCUAAGGUUGCUCGCAAGGGGGGCGGUUUAGCGGGUAUGGGGGCGUCUCCGCCCCCUGCCCCGCCCCCGGGCCGGCUCUCCGAGGAGGGGGAGCUGUCUCCGCCGCCGUCGCCGCCUCAGCUUCCCACAGCCGCUGCCGCCGCUGCCACCACUGUCACCGCUUUGCCUGGAUCAGCCGCCAGGCCCAGUGCUCUGACUUCUCCGACCGGGACGCUCUGCAGAGACAUCCUCACUCCUUCCUGGGGGUCCGGGACGCCUACCCCGGCGUGGGGGGAAGCUCGGCUUGCAGGGACAGGGAGGGAGGAGCCUGGAGCUGGAGCCAGCGCCACUCGUCGUCUGGAUCAACAGGACAGGACAGGUUGA